AUUAAUAGAAAAAUCUUUGUAAAAAGCAGCAAUUGCUAACUGCCUCAAAAAAAAAUUGUAAUUGAAAUGGUUUGUACGAAGCGUGAAAAUGCCUCAAAAGCGCAAAGGACAGUCUCCAAGUGCUGCCAAAAAAAAAGUCCAUGCAAGGCAAGCAAGCAAGCCGAUCAUAGAGUUCGGCGUAAUCCCUUUCUGCUAUUUCUGGCCUAUUAUCGCAAACAUAAACAAAGUGAAGAUUGCAAGAUGUCCGCUUACCACGCCUCCGCAUGCGCUGGCAGAUUGUGGCGACGCAUGACAAUGGAGGAGAAGCAACCCUUUGUAGAAGCCGCCUACAAGAUCGCCUAUGUCUACGAGACGAAGAGUAAGCGUGUGAAUUGGGUGCUGAAGCAGAUGGGUCAGCUUUUCUGCGGGGAAAAAGUGAAUCUGGAUGUCCUAUGUCAGCUGUCUGCCAAGUUGACAAACUGGAAUGCCUGCGUGCUGGAGCACAGAAAAGACUGCGAUGACAUGGACAUCGAUGAAUGUUAGUUUGAAAAAUUUUAUGUUAAUUUUAUGUAAAAGCCA